UUAGAAACACAAGGACACUAGCAUCCAUAAGCAUUUCAUUUGAACUGUAAAUGCGGCACUGUAUAGAUCCACCAUUCUAAUUAGACACACCGUCAAACACAUUGACGAGCUGAGGAGAACAAUGGGUGUUCUGAUAGAGUCGUGGUGUUUCUGCAAGGGAGUAGGCAAGUCGGAGAGAAUGAAGGCCGCCAUUUUCACAGGCAAAGGCCAGGCGAUGGCGAUUAUAUGUAGCGCCGGGAGAGAAACCUGCGGUACUGGAUUUCUAAUUCAUCGGAGUCUGCUUCUGACUACUCACGUCAACAUUCCUUCUGUUGCUGCUGCUGAAAGUUCGGAGAUCCGGCUGCAGAAUGGCGUUGCUGCGAGCCUAGUUCCUCACAGGUUUUUCAUCACCAGCUCUGUCCUAGAUCUUACAAUAGUGGGUUUAGAUUCAGUGGAUGGAGACUCGAAUGCCCAUGGUCAGCAGCCUCACUAUUUGAAGAUCUGUUCCAAACCAAAUAUGUUUCUGGGCAGUGUUGUAUACCUUUUAGGUUAUACAACAAAGAAAGAAUUAAUAGUUGGUGAAGGAAAGGUAGUGAUAGCCACUGACAAUCUUAUAAAACUGUCAACUGAUGAAGUUAUAUGGAGUCCUGGGUCUGCUGGUUUUGAUGUACAUGGUAAUCUUGCAUUUAUGAUCUGUGAUCCAAUGAAACUAGCCACAUCACCAAACACCAAAUCUUCUUCAACUUCAUCAUCAUCCUCAUCGUCAAUGAAGAAGGAUUCUCCAGUGCAAUUUGGUAUCCCCAUUCCCAUCAUCUGUGAUUGGUUAAACCAGCACUGGGAAGGCAGCCUUGAUGAACUUACCAAGCCUAAGUUAGCUCUCAUUAGACUCAUGUCUACAGGCCAGAAGACUGACCACUCAUGUGCUUCCUUCACACUUCGCCAGGUUUUCAAGCCAACUGCCAACAUUGAUGGGAUCCCAUCUUCAUCAAAUAAAAUUUUGACAGCUAGGAAUGAGCUAGGACCAAGUUUUUCUGCUGCAGCAAACAAUGUUGGAGAAGAAGCCAAUGAUCCUCAUGUUUCCCAUGUACAGGGAAUCCCAACUCCAGAAAUAUAUGAAUCGCCAAAGUUUACUGCAGUUCCUGUACGAAAGAAAGAGAAUGUGAAUAUCCAGCUUCUGGAUAUUAAUUUCCCUCCAAAGGUUUUGAAAGCUACACUCUUACCCCAAUCGAUGAAACAGCUGCUCUCAGUUUCUGGCGAGAACUGUGUGGGGGAAUUGCCUCUGGAGAGCCCAUUCCAAGAAGAACCAAUCAAUGAUAGAAAACUGGCCGACCAUGCUGCAGAUGCCGAGAUAGCCUCUAUAGGUUCUGCAAAUGGUGCCCAAAGUGAGGUCCACUCUAGUUGCUCCCCAAUCGAAGUUUCAGAAAUGUGUGAUGGGUACAGUAGCGAGGGAGAGACUACCAUGUACUCUGCAGAAACUGCAGAGAGCCGAAACUAUACGAGUCCCAGAGAGGAAAAAUCUAAGCAAGUAGGAAGGAGCCAGAGUUGUGUGAGUUACAAUAGAUGGGGAGUUGUCCACAAGAACCCCAUGGCUCGCAGGGAUAUGCUUGAACAGCAGGGGAGCUUCAUUCAUGGCAGGAAGAUGUAUUCUCAAGGGGCAACUUCGCAGAGAAGUAAUGACUACUUCAGCCCAACUGUCUCCUCUGUCAUGAAGAAGCGUAACAACUUGCAGCAGCCAACCAGAGCCCAGCUCCCAACCAGAACUCGGCAGCAAAGUGCGGUUCAUUCGUCUGGGAGAUGGAUGUUUUGAUUGAUUCUUGACAAGUUUGAUACCCAAAAGAGGAGCAACAGCGAAGAUAAAUAGUUUGCUUAUAAGGUUUGAACUCAGUUUCCAUUUACAUUAUCCACACUGUAACCAAGUUGUUACCAUGUUCAGAAUAAUAUGAGAUGAAAAAGAAAAAGAAAAAGACAACCAGGUUAAGGUUGUAGACCAGAUUGUUGAGCUUUAAAUUUUCAAAUCAAACAUCAUCUUGUUUGUUUUUAUUGCCUUCUUUUGGUCCAACAUUGUUCCCCAUGAAAUCGAUGUUUUUAGCAGAAGCAAAAGACAAACGAAUUGAAUAUGAAGUGACAUGCCAAAGCAGCAGGUGAUGAUUGCAAUAUCCGAGCUUAUUAUGUUAUUUGAAUGGGUUAUGUUUCAGCUAAAUUCUAAUGUUUUUCCCCCUGUUCUGACUUCUGAGCACAAUGUUGGUUUGACAUAGAGCUGCCCUCAUAAUUUUCGUUCAUGUGUCAUUGCAAAUUGUCAUUUCCAGAGGAAAAUAACUGCAGCUUGAAGAAAAUUUUGAAGCUGGAAGAUCCUGCUCAGAAUUCAAGACUCGGACUUUUGGUAGGGACUAUAAUUUAUACAAAAUCUAUCAAAGCUUUUCCAAUUGUUCAGCCUUGAAGAGCUGAUCUGGAGUUCUGGACAUGAAUGUGUUCUUGAGGUUGGCGAAUACUCUCUCUUUAAUCUUCUGUUACUGUCUUUUUGAUACAUUCUUUAGCGCCUUAUUGUUCUAGUCAUUGAAAAUUUGUUUCUACAAUGACUGAUUGAUAAUAUGCAUUAGGAACCCACCUCCUUCGUUUUCUCACCCUCAACAGAAACUUGAGUAUAUUCUUAGAUAGUUUCUGCAAAUCUUGCUGUCAUAUCUCGCAACAGUCAUACAAGUUUUCUGUUGUAUUCUGUUACAAUGAGAGAGCAUACCUCAAGAAAUCAUCGACAGCCAUGAUUUGCAAGCAAUCACCUUGGACUAUAGAAGGGAAUGCCAACAGGAUGACAUAGUUGAUUCCCUAACACCAGCAGUUUUCUGAGCUUCAUCAAACAACCUCUGCCACUGAUGUCCUGAUGUCCAAUAGUGCCUUCAGUUUUUGCAUUUGUUGAGAUUGUUAGGUGAUGGGCUAUUUUAGAUUUUCAGUGACAGGUUCUAUCGGAACUAGAUACCUUGCAGAAAAGUCCUAUGUUCCUUUAAAGCAGUAUGCCGGAAACAAGUUUAGGGUUUCCUUAUUGAUGAUAGCCACGAUAUAAAUUGAGUGAUGAUAUUGACAGGGACCUUGAUACGGAGCUCGAGCUUAUAACUAGGACGAUAUCAAUUGAGCGAUGAUAUUGACAGUGACCUUGAUACAGAGCUCGAGCUUCUAACAUAAUGCAUAGAAAAGAGACCCUUAAUCAAGAAACUCUUCCCUCCCUCCAUCAAUGUCUCCCGUUAUUGUCUUUUCAAUAUUUCACAUAAGUUGCAUCCAACAAAUGAUGAGUAGACUUGAGCUGAAUAUUGUGUUGCAUUAUAACAAAAUCAAGCAUGUUCACGACUCUUGACAGGUUGCCUCAGUGCCUAAAAAAUAUUCCAUCCUAGUUAAUAUAUUUUGUCCAAAGGUAGCUAAAUGAGGAUACAGCCUUACCUCCGGAUCAUAGAGAGGCUGUUAUAUGGCUUCAACCUUGCAUGCUUAAGCUUCAAUGGAGAGAAACUUGACGACUACACCAGAGCUGAACACGGAU